AUGGCUGCACCCGCCGCCAGGGACACAGCGGUAACUAUUGCCGCAGUGAGACCAAAAUCUCUCUUUUGCCUGAACAAAGUCAUAGUAUUGGGAGCUUCUACUGGGACAGGAAUCCAUCUAGGCAUCCGAGCAACUAUUGCCAAAUCAGACAGCAUUAAGUUAGAAUAUGAAGGAACAUUGUUUUCUGAGUGGGAUGUGCCAGGAACUUGUUCUGUACAAGACAGAAGAUCACCCACGACAGAAUUGCGUUGUCCUUCUUCUGGUGUUUACAGUAUAAAACCAAUUGUUAAGGGCCCAGAUGAAGAAGAACGCUAUUUGUCUGUGGAGAGUUCUAAUACUUGCUUUCUGUGGAAUUAUAGAGUUAUAAAUUUUGUUCACAAUUUAACCCAGGUUGUCAUUAUAUGGGUAUACGAUCCAGAAAAUGCAAAUCCUGAUGAGUUGCUGUGGCAGGCAGAAGAACCUUCACUACAUUCCAUGACACUAAGCAAGCAGUUGGCCAUUUUGGGACAGAAGCCUACCAUAUAUACACUUCCGAACAGAAAAACUUAUUUUUCAGAGGAUAACACAGAGAUGGGGACCUGGCAAAUCACAAUACCAAUGACAAAUGACGUGCUAAAGGAGGUUCAGGGGAACCAAGUGGCCUUCCAAGAUUGUUUAAUUGCAGAUGUUCUUUUUCUGCUGACUUUUCCUUUGCUGACCAUGCCUGAGAUUCCUGGUUUUUUGCCACUCUCUUCCCCAACUGGUAGUCAGUUAAUGGCUGUCCAGUCUGCUUGUAUCCCUUCUUCUGUUGUUGUUGUAUCUGAUACGGAGACCUUUCAGACAAAUGAUUCAUUCUAUACUUGGACCAGAGUCCGAGUGCCUCCCAACAUUCUGAGCGAUGAUGAAAGACGGAGUGUGGCUGAUGUGGACCUAUCAUGGGAUGGAAUCUUUUUUCUAAUAAAUGGUGUUCUUUAUGUUAAAACUUCUCUUGAAUUUAAAAGACUAGGAAGAGAUGAAAAUGUUUCUGAUGCUGGAAUUAUUGGCAUUACAUCAAGACGAUGGUGUUGGGACAAAUAUUUACUCAAGGUUACAAGAAACAGAAGCCACAUAGCAAUCUGGACAGAAAAUGAAGUUUACCUUGGAUAUACUAAUCUUAGCUUUGUCAAAGUAGUAACUACUACAGAAAUGAGGAAUCAUCUCAAUAUAUCAUCACUUGAUACUCUGACCAUACACAAUGUUGAGUACACAGGACACCCUCUGGAACUUGCCGUGUUAUUCAGUUAUUGCACUACAUGUACUGUGACCAAAACGAUUUACAUAGUGAUAUAUAAUGAAGAUACAAGACAGCAGGUGUGCCAAGACUUCGAAUUAGAUGUCCCUAUUAACAGUUUUUUAGUUCCACGUUUUAUAUUUUCAGCAAUAACAGAAUUAAUACUAUGGGAUAAACACAGGAUCUACUAUUAUUAUCAUAAUUUCACCGAUAACGGAGUUAUACAAACACCUACAGGACAUGGAAAUCUAUCGAUAUUAUCAAAUGACAGCAUUAUUCAUGAUGUUUUUAUGGAUUAUUAUGGAACUAUGUUGAUAAAAAUGGAAAAUAAUAUAAUUUUUUUUUCCAAGAUUAAUACUAGAGAUGCAGUAAAGCUACACUUAUGGGCAAAUAACACAAUAAAAUCACUAUUUUUCUUGCACUCAUCUGGACAAGUAUAUCUCCUGUAUGCUUUUGACAAUGGCACAGUACAGAGACAGGAUUAUCCCUUAAGUCUGGAAAUACAAAGUAUAGCUUUCAAAACAAAAGACAAAUGCCCAUAUGUGGCAUUUCAUAAUAAUAUUGCUCGUAUGUUUUACUUUUUGGACAAGACAGACACACUGAAACUUUGGGUUCAAGUAGUCUACCCAGAAAAUAUUGGUCUGAAUAUUAUUGUGGAACAGUAUGGCCCAAAAAUAUUAGUAGAGAAACAUCAGAUUCACUAUGAAAUUGCCUUUGGAUACUGCACUAAAACUAUGAUUCUAUCAUUUUCUCAGAAUAUAAAUUACGAGGCAGUAAAGGAUUACUUCAAGUUGCAAAACCAGAACACAGGUCUUGUGCUUCUUAAUCUUCGACCUAGUGAAUAUUCAAAAACAUGUCCAACAGCCAAAAAGGUGUUCCAAAUAGCUGUUGGCUGUGAUAAAAAUAAAUUCAUUGCAGUGAAAGGAUUUAACAAAACAGAGUGUCUACACCACGAUUUUUCUUAUGUGAUCGAAAAGUCAUAUCUAAGGCAUCAACCAUCUAAAAACUUGAAAGUGAGGUAUGAUUGGAAUGCAUAUGGCUGCCCGCUGAAACUUGAUUCCAUGGAAAAGUUCCAACCUGUGAUUCAAUUAUUUGAUGAUGAUGGCUUUAUUGAAAAUGUUGAAGCAAAUUUCAUAGUGUGGGAAAUACAUGGCAGGAAUGACUAUAGCUUUAAUAAUACUAUGAAGCAGAGUGGUUGUUUAAAUGAAGCACAGACUUGGAAGUCAAUGACUGAGCUAAACAAGCAUCUCCCAUUAGGAAACGCCUGGGGACCUGAGAACUAUAAGCACUGUUUUUCUUAUGCUAUUGGAAAACCAGGGGACUUAAAUCAACCAUAUGAGAUUAUCAACCUUUCUAAUGGUAACCAUUUAUUUUGGCCCAUGGGCCAUUCCGGAAUGUACAUUUUUUGUGUGAAGAUCCUGGAUCCAAACUAUAGUUACUGUAACCUAACGGCUAUAUUUGCAAUAGAGACUUUUGGAGUGAUUCCCAGUCCAAACGUCUACCUGGUAGCUUCUAUCCUGUUUCUCCUGAUGCUGCUAUUCUUCAGUAUUCUCGUUUUCAGCUACUUCCGGUAUAUGAAAAUUUAUAGACGGUCUAUUUAUGAACCACUUCACAAGCCGCCCAAAACACUAAAGAAAAAUUAG